GGAAGCCGUCCCCAGGCGGAGGAGUUGCUCCUGAAGAAACUUUUUACCGGCUACAACAAGUUUUCCCGACCUGUGGCCAACUCUUCUGACACUGUCUUCGUCCACUUCGGACUGUCCAUCGCCCAACUUGUGGAUGUGGAUGAAAAGAACCAAAUGAUGACCACCAACGUCUGGGUGAAGCAGGAAUGGAAUGAUUUCAAACUCCGCUGGGAUCCCUCAGAAUACGAGAACGUGACUUCGAUCAGAAUUCCAUCGGAACUUCUCUGGAGGCCUGACAUAGUCCUUUACAACAAUGCUGAUGGGGACUUUGCAGUCACUCACCUGACCAAGGCCCAUCUGUUCCACACCGGCAGGAUCAAGUGGACACCUCCGGCCAUCUACAAGAGCUCCUGCAAUAUUGAUGUGACCUUCUUCCCAUUCGACCAGCAGAACUGUACCAUGAAGUUCGGAUCAUGGACGUUUGACAAAGCCAAGAUAGACCUUGUGAGCAUGCACAGACACGUGGAUCAACAGGACUAUUGGGAAAGUGGAGAGUGGGCUAUCGUCAGUGCUGUUGGGAACUACAACAUCAAGAAAUAUGAGUGCUGUGAGGAAGUGUACUCGGAUAUUACCUAUUCCUUCCUAAUCAGGCGGCUCCCUCUCUUCUACACCAUUAACCUUAUCGUCCCGUGUUUGCUGAUAUCAUUUUUGACCGUGCUGGUCUUCUAUCUGCCCUCGGACUGUGGGGAGAAGAUCACCCUUUGUAUCUCAGUGCUGCUUUCACUGACGGUCUUCCUGCUGCUGAUCACGGAGAUCAUCCCCUCCACCUCACUGGUCAUCCCCCUCAUCGGGGAGUACCUCCUCUUCACCAUGAUAUUUGUCACCCUCUCCAUCAUCAUCACGGUCUUCGUGUUGAACGUGCACCACCGCUCACCCCACACCCACAGCAUGCCUGGCUGGGUGCAGAGGUCCUUCCUCGAUCUGAUCCCUCGCCUCCUGUUCAUGCAAAGACCCCCAGCCGUGAGCCAGAACUGCCGGGAGCUUCUCGGCCUUGCCUACGCGCCGGUUGGUUGCCCGGCCAAAGUUGGCCAAAGGCACCUCAGCCGGGAAUCUGACAGACGGUCGUCCUCGGUCGCCGGACAGGCAGAGUGGGCGGAGUGCCAGGCUCUCUGCAAGUUGCCACCUGCCCAGUGCACCAAUGGCCAUUCGAGGUCCACAGCCACCGUGCCUCAGAGCUCCAGUCCCAGAAAGCAUCAGGACGUGUUGCUGGGCCCUGCCAUGGAGCGAGCAGUGGAAGGUGUUCGCUACAUCGCUGACCACCUCCGCGCAGAGGACGCCGAUUCCUCGGUAAAGGAAGAUUGGAAAUACGUUGCCAUGGUGAUCGACAGGAUCUUUCUUUGGAUAUUUAUCAUCAUUUGCAUGUUGGGAACUCUGGGCCUCUUCCUGCCCCCUUGGAUGGCGGGAAUGCUGUGA